GUCCCCGUAGAAGGAAAACUAAAUAACUCGAUUUUUGGCGAUUUUCACUUUUCCCUAUUUUUAAAUCACCCAAAACACGACGCAUGUUUGAGUCUAACAGGGGUCUUCCUAUCUUAUUUCGUUCCAAAAAUAUAGCUAUUUUUGUCGUUCAGAUGGAAAAAUACACAUCUUCAAACUAACUCUAAUUUUUUGAAGGAAAAAUAAACAACUCAUUAAAUAAAUCAAUAACUGUGGUCAAUGAUAAGUUGAAUUUUCGAUAAAUUAAAUAAAACAAGUUGUUGAAUUUUGCCUCAAUUUGCUAUAUCUAUCACAAAACUAACAAAGUUCUAGGAAAACUAAAUAACUGUAUUUAUUUAAUUGUCCUACUCAGAAUUCUGGCAAAAAAAUCAUUACUUUAUAAAUACUUGAUGUUAUCUAUUUCUUCCACAACUAGAUGAUUAUUAAUUACGAGAUGAUAGGCAAAUACAAUUAAAUAGAUUAAGUUAUUUAUAAUUGCCAUAAAGAUAAAAUGUACGUGACAAAAGUUAUUAAAUUUUUAAGAGAAUUUGGCGCGAAAUAUUGUAGUGUUUAUGCAAUGAAUCGGAACGAGGAAGAGCGCGGGGGAAGCGCGGGGGUGAGCGCAUGCGACUGCAAUGCUCGCACGCGUCACUAGCACUUUAUACGGUAAUGCGUGACCUUCUAAUGCGUUUACUUAGUGACCAUAGUGAAAGUAAGAUUUUAUGCUAUAAUGGAUUCGCGGGGUAGAUUUAUGGUGAAAAUGUGCCGAAAGGAAGAUAAUUUACCUAAGGGUGAAAAUAAGCCAGUAAAACAACAAGACCAAAGUACAGUCAGCCCAGAAAAACAUAAUAUUAUAACAUGCCAGAAAUCACCAUCCGAUAUUAACAAUCAUGUUUGGAACGACAUAAAUUUCAAUGUUGAUAAUAUUACAAUAGAAAAAAAUCAUAAUAAAAUCCUUCCAGGUGUUCUUAGUCUACCUGAAAAUGACGAAUUUAAAAUUAUUACAUGUGAAUCGGCCCCAGCAUCAAUAAUGCCUAGCGAAAAUAAUACUAAUAACAUUAAACCACCCCAAUCAGCACCUAUGCCCGUAAAUGUUAGUCCCAUGUCUUUGUGUAGCAGUAAAAUUAAUUUAAGUGAAGAUGACAACAUAAUAUUAUUCAACUAUAAAAGUGUCAGAGGGUCAAGUCCCAUUUCGGGUGUCGAAACCAUGCCACCUUCAACAGAUGAAGAACUUUUUUCUGAUUCUGGAUCGUCGUGGAUUCCGGACUCAGAAGAAGAAAAUAAAAUAGAAAAGAAACGUAGGUCUUCAAUGAAUAUCAAUAUUGCAGAAGCUAAGAAGAAAAAAAGAGUUAAGAGAUUUGAAGGUAUAUAUAUUUCCUCGAGUGAUUCUGAAGAUGAAAGAGGUAAAAUUACAACUCGCACUAUUAUUAAAACUCCUUUAGGCCAAGUCUCACCAGUUAGCCCCGACAGAAGAAUCAAUGUCACAAUUGCAGAAACAACAGAUACAGAAAUAGAAACAGAAAAUAAGAAAAAAGAAAUAUACAGAUGGAAGAAAAAAAAUCAAUCAAAUUGGAAAAGAAACAAAGAGUUGGAGAAGAAACGAAAAUGUUUGCCAUAUAAGAGUAAAACUGGAAAGCUUUGUGCAGCUAAAAUGCCUAAAAAUCCUAAAUGCAGUAAUAAUUGCCGUCAAAAAUGCACAGAAAAGUUUACACAAAACGAGCGUGAAGAAAUUUGCAAAUCCUACUGGUCUAUACAAGAUUAUAAGCUACAAAAAGAGUUUUUGCUUAGGCGCAUCAACAUCAAACCGGUGCAGACUGCUAGAAAAUCUGUACCGAUCGACAAACAAAGAAGUACCAGCAGAGAAUAUGGUUUUUAUAAAAAUAAGAAUGUGUUUGAACGAGUGUGUAAGAACUUUUUUAUGUCUACUCUGUGUAUUUCUACUGGUCCUAUCGAAACUGCAGUAAAACAUGUGGAUAAUAAUGGUGCAUUCACAAAAAUGGAUAACCGUGGCAAACAACCACCUAUAAACAAAACUCCUGAAGAACAGAUAGAAGAAGUAAAAAAUCAUAUUGAAAGUUUUCCUGUAAUGGAUUCCCAUUACUGUAGAAAAAAAUCUGCCAAGAAAUAUUUAGAGCCUACCUUGUCAAUAUCAAAAAUGUAUGAUUUGUAUGUGGAGAAAAUGAAAAAGAACAAUAAAACACCUGUUAAAUUUAACAUUUAUAAGAGAGUAUUUGGCACACAAUACAAUUUAGCAUUUUAUCAUCCCAAGAAAGACCAAUGUAGCACGUGUAACAAUUAUAAUAAAGAUAAAACUAAUACAAAUAUACUUAAUGAAUAUACUCAGCAUAUAGAGCGAAAAGAGGCGUCUUAUAGAUCUAAAGAGCUGGAUAAAAAGAGGUCAGAAGAAGAUGGUUCAUAUUUGUGUGUCACCAUGGACUUGCAAAGUCUACUGCAGAUUCCAUCGACUGCAGAUAGUUUAAUGUAUUAUUCCAGAAAAUUAAAUUUAUAUAAUUUAUCUAUUUAUCAGUUUAAGCCCCCACAGAAUGACGCUCACUGUAUGAUCUGGACAGAAAUAAACGGAAAAAGAGGCAGUGUGGAAAUAGCAUCUGCUAUUUAUUUAUGGAUUAAGAAUCUACCCGAGGCUGUUACGCACGUCACGAUUUAUUCAGACACAUGCUCGGGGCAAAACCGGAACCAGUACAUAGCAGCAUUUUUAUUGUACUUAGUACACACGCAUGAGACAAUAAAAGUGUUAGAACAAAAGUAUCUCGAAAGUGGUCACAGCUAUAUGGAAGUAGAUUCGAUGCAUAGCGCUAUAGAAAAAGAAAAAAAGUACACAGACACUUAUUCUAUUACAGAUUGGAAAGGAAUUAUGCAGCGGGCAAGAUCAAAAAGACAAAAUAAAAAUGUGACUCCGUAUAAAGUAACUGAAUUGUCGUAUCAAGACAUGAUUGAUGUAAAAUCACUUUGUUCAAAAAUAAUUAAAAACAAAUCUAUAUCGGAAAACGGGGAGAAGGUGUGUUGGUUAAAAAUUAAAUGUCUCAGAUUUGAAAAGGAUUUACCUGGUUAUAUUAAAUACAGAUACAAUUAUGAUGGACCCUAUAAUUUAUUAAAUGCUAUUUGUAAACCAGGAAGAUCGACUAGAAGAACUCAAAACUCUGAAAUGCCAACCAUAAGCGCUGAAGAUCUUCCCCGGGCAUAUCAACAAUAUCUUCCUAUAACCAAACAAAAGAAGAAAGACCUUUUACAGCUUUGUAAGAAAAAUAUCAUUCCUAAAGAGCUUCACGGCUGGUACGAAGGUUUACCAUGUUUAAGCGAAGGCCAGGGUACUCCAACCUGCUGCAGUGAUUUAUCUGAAGUCGAUGAUUAAACUUAUUUUGGCCCACCAUUUAUAAUUAUGUCUCUUAAAACAAAAGUUUUCUCUCUCUUUACCUUUAAGCAUCUAAUAAGUACCGUGAUUUUAAUUGUUUUGAGUUGCAAAUGUUUUAUUUUAAUAUGUAAGAUUAACAAUUCUAAGAAAUGUAUUUUACGAGUUUGUUGAUUGUUGUACUCAAUGUACCUGAUGACUAAUGACUGAGUCAUAUUGUUUUUUUUUAAUUUUAUAUCAUAGACUGAUCAGUCAGAUAGCGCACAGUCUAUUAGUUGUGUUUCAGUUACCUAAUUACCAAUUCAGAAUUAUUUUUAUUUGUAAGU